CAAAUAAACCGAUUUUUUAGGUCCAACGUGAACCACACGGGCUGGGCGCGAUGUUAACUAAGCAGUAGCUUGGCUUUAGAUUCCAUCAAUUUUAGUUGUUCCCAUGCUCGUCAGCAUUGUGCGACUUGUUGUUUUCCAUAAACACACCCUCUACAUACCACAUCGCUCGCUCCUUGGACAACCGGUGGUCGGAUGACUGGAAGUCACAGCCAUUGAACUUAAUUGCGACAUUCGACCCCUUUUUCCACCGAGUCGACCCGAGUCCGAGUCCGACUCCUUGCGCGAGACAACAACAGCGACGCAUCCGAGUGCCAUUUAGCGGUGACGAUAGACGACGUCAAGACUCAUAGAGACCAGAGACGAAAUCAUCAUUUUUUUACUAGACUAGAGUCGCCCGCGACGUGCGAGCGCCAACGACAGACAAUAUGACACAAAACGGCAGCUCAGUGCCAGGUGCACAACCACCAAGUAAAGCAAGCGCCGCAGAGCCCAAGCUCAACAACGAAAUGGAGAUGGGGAGCAUACCAGGAGGCAAGCCGGCUGAGAACGACAUAAUGCAGCUCGCGCGGAUAGGCGACAUACCGGCCAUGGAGAAGUUGUUCGAGAUGGGCGAGUUCGAUGCCACAUAUUCCGACGACGAAGGCAUCACGCCGUUGCAUUGGGCAGCAAUCAACAACCAAUACGCCAUGUGCAAGUUCCUGAUAGAAAAGGGCGCGCCGAUAAACAAGAAAGGCGGCGAUUCGGUAGCGACGCCGCUGCAGUGGGCCGCCCAACGUUGCCAUUACUACACGGUGCACCUUCUUCUCCAGCACGGCGCCGACCCGCUGGCCACCGACGCGCAAGGUUACAACACACUACACAUCAGCACCUUCAACGGCAACGUCCUGCUGCUGGUGCUGCUUCUGCAUCAGGGAAUCCCGGUCGAUGUCGCCGACUCCUACGGCCACACGGGCCUCAUGUGGUCCGCCUACAAGGGCUUUCCCGCCUGCGUGGACGUCUUCCUUCGAUGGGGCGCCUCGGUGCACGCUCGCGACGAACAGGGCUUCACAGCGCUGCACUGGGCCCUCGUCAAGGGCAGCCCUGGGUGCGUACAGAAGAUCGUUGAGUACGGCGCCGACCGUUUUGCCAAGACCGAGACGGGCAAGACCCCGGCAAUCACGGCGCAGGAGCUCAACACCACGGUGGCGUGGCGGCGCGCCCUGCGCGAGUGCGGAUACGACGAGGAUGGGAACGCCAUCACGCCCCAGUGGCCUGGCGCUUCGUACCUCCUCAAGGACAAGAAGGGCUUUGUGAACAAAUUCCUGUUCCUGUGGCCUUUCCUGUUGGUUUGGAUGAUGUUCCAUAUCCUGGCGGCGAUGCCUAUAUAUUUUGCCAUAAUCGUGGGUGCGGUCGUGGUCUUUGCAGUUCAAUGGGUCGCGCAGAACGUACUGCAGCAUGCGCCAUCUGAAAUGCGGUCAUUUCAACGAACACCUUGGUUGGCAGGCAUAUUUGCUGCGUCCCUCUUUUGGACAAGUUGGAACUGGCUGUUCACACUAAUGCCGUCAACGACGCUCUAUGCUGCUCCUGACCAAACAAUGUACUUUCUCAACUUUAUGUUUCUCGUCUUUGCGUCCUUGACCGCGUUCUUCUACACCUCGUGCAUGAUGGACGACCCUGGAUUCGUGCCCAAGAUGAACGGCAUUGCGGAGCAAAAGGCCGUCAUCGAUGAGCUGAUUGGGUUGUGGAAGUUUGACGAGGCCAACUUUUGUGUUACGUGCAUGAUCAGGACACCUCUGAGAAGCAAGCACUGCAGGAGGUGUCAACGCUGUGUGGCCAAGCAUGACCACCAUUGCCCCUGGGUUUACAACUGCAUCGGCAACAACAACCAUCGUCAAUUCUUCCUGUACUUGAUAACGAUGUCAUUCGCUAUCAUUACAUUUGACUUUAUCUUGUAUCAAUAUCUCACAACCGUCUCCAAGAACGCAUCCGACCAAUGCAACAUCCUGGCACCAUCUUUAUGCAAAGUCAUCAACGCAGACGCAUUCACACUCAUCGUCGGCAUCUGGGCAACUUUGCAACUGACAUGGGUGAGCAUGCUCAUGUUUGUGCAGUUCCUCCAGGUCUCCCGCGCCAUGACAACAUACGAGAACAUGUUUGGCAUCGACCACCGCAGCAGCGGUGUAGCAGCGCUCAACUCGGCAUUUACGUCCACGGGGGCUCCCCUGGACCCCACCACUGGAGUGCCUCCUACCGGCAGCACCGGAGCGCCCGCCACAGCGGAAAGUGGGCACGCCCACAGUCACAAGCACAAGCACGGCGGCUGCCUCAAGCAGUGGGGACGCAUGCUUGGCGUGGACGCUUUCAUCGAGACGGCGACGGGCCGCGGCGCAGCAGCCGGCGGCGACAACAAGAAGAAGCGACGCAAGAACCCUUACUCCCGCGGUUGCGCCACCAACUGCCGCGACUUUUGGUGUGAUCCGGCGCCGGUCUUUGGGCGUCGCGAGACGGGUGCGGGUAUGCUGGGCGGACAAGUGGUCAACUGGACCCAAGUGUACGAAAGUCCCGCGGGGAUGCAGUCAACAGUCGGGGGCAGGAGAAGAGGUGGCUAUGAGGCGGUCGCCGGUGAGGAGGUUUGAGUGUGCACUCGCGCGGCGCCUAGAUACUAAUGAUGACGUAUGGUUACGUCUGCGGAUGAGCUGAAUUUGGACGCGUUUAAUGUGCUACUUAUGGUGUUUGGGGAAUACGCGGUUGAUGCAUUGUCAAGUAUAGACUAGAGGUUGUCUGGGUUGGCAGCGCGCGUUGUUGUGAUUCUAGGUUCGAGCUUGGAAAGACGUACAUUAUAAAGUCUCGAGAUUCGAGAUGUCUUGAGCGUUUUUGUUGGACCUUUAAGUAUGGGCUUCUGUGAUGAAGACUUGAUGUUCAUGUCCUCACGGCGCAGUUGUCAAGGCGGUUGGUUGAUACAUGACCGUUUUUUUUUUUUUUUUAGAUCGUCUUUCCAUGAGGUAAGGGUACUUGUGGCAUAAUAUCACAUUUCUACCUACCUCCCUAGGUACCGGUAGAUAGAUAUCUUAGAUUAGGUGACUCAUCUGCCCAGACUCUUUUCACACUAGAUUUGGUCUAGUUCUAGUCCAGAGCUGGAUCAUUACCUAUUCUAGCAAUCUACCCGGGUAUGAUCGGCCAUUAAACACAUCCUUCAACUGACAGCUUCACCGAAAUCUUGAC